GGCCCCUCUGCCAGGAAAAAGAACUUCACGACGAUUUGUUCAAUGGGGACAUUUGCCUUGUCUUCGCUGCUAUCGCAGGGGGCGCAUCUGGUUGGAAGGAGGAAGGAUUGCGGGCUUGGGGAAGAGACGUCUGUUUUCUUUUUGCAAAGAGGCCGAGAGAAAGGUCAGAGGGCAGAGUAUGGUGAAACAAGCAACGGACGUCCAAGCGGAAUGCUUUUUACCUAACGUGUUCAAUGGAACGGGUUAUAACCGACAAUUGAUCCACAGGAAGCGAACGUGAGUGCAUAAGACGUUCGACAUGUAACUACCAAACAUAUGGCUGCUCUACGAAGAAUGCAGUGACGUCUUACAACGUGCUCUCUACAGGAGAAGUCACAGGUCACCAGCAGCCUUACAGACCACGAAUAACACCCUUCGCUCAACACCAUCAAAGAUAGACUCCUUCCAUUCAUCAAAGCACCACUCUCAUCUUACCUUGAGAAGCAGCAAAACAAACAGAAGCAGCAAGCUGAUGGGUAUGGCAGCUCCGGCAGGGGUCCCGACCGGGCCCCCCGAACCACCCCCCCAAAAACACGAACCGGUGCCUUUAGCACAACUGGUUCAGAGAACCACCUCCGAAGCCUAUACCGGCAUUCAGGAUCUUUGCAAGUCCCUUCCUGGGCGGGGGGAGAAGGAACGCAAGCUGGCACUGCUGAAGUAUCUAGUGCGAACUAGACAGAGGCUGCUGCGGUUGCAUGUGCUGGCAGAAUGGGCAAAGACGCAAGCGCCUCUGAUGUCGCGGGGCCAGCAGCUCUCGGGUACUCUGGAGUGGCACGACACGAGCCUCCGGGACGCAGCGGAUCAACUCUUCUUUCUGCAUGCACAGCUCAGACAGGCCCGCGCCCCCAUCUAUGACGUCACCACAGCGGUCGAAGUCCUCACUACCGGAUCGUAUUCACGCCUGCCCAUCGUCAUCCAAGAUCUGCGGCCCCCUCCCACCUUGGUUCCCUCAGAACAAGCUUCCGCCCUCUCCAAAGCGGACCGAGCGAUUCACGCCCGGUUGCUGGAGUGUGAAUUGCCCCCCCAACUAACGGACAUCCGCGUGUCUGAUGGCGCCGUCCGAAUGCGGGUUAAGGACGAGUUUGAGGUGCGGUUAACCCUAGGUCACGAGGGAGACCUGUCGAAGUGGCGGGUUUUGUGGCUCGCUUUAGGGAGCGAAGCAGAGGGGCGGGUUACCAAAGACGGAUCAGAAGAUCAGGGUUUCGGGGAAAAGACGAGAGGGGUUAGGGGGGGAGGGUCAAGGGGCCUGACCGAGGGUCAGAGGCGGGCGCUCGCUGCCGAAGUGGAGCGGAGAAUGGGGUUAGCUGCAGAACCGCUGCACGAGAUGUACCGGGUUCUGCACGAGUUAGCUGCUAACCUGCUCUUAGACUCGGUCUUCCGUCAGGCGCAGGUGCUGAAACAGGGCACGUGGAGGGACGUUAUUCGGUUGCAUUUCGAGAAGGGGGAUGCGGGGAGCGUGCAUCGGUCUCUAAAAAUCGAGUAUUGGGAUCGACGCAGUCCAGGCGGUGUAAACACGCUCCAGAGCGGGUCUGCCUCAGUCGAGCCAUUCCGCCCCAGCCCCUCUUCACACCUGACCCCGCAACUCGACCAGCCGCUUCGUGGGGAAACGCCGGUCUCCGGGGGGAAGAAUUGGGCGCUGAAAGGUCCCCCCAGCUUGAGAAUCGAGCUCGACGACGAAGGCCACGUGGCUUGCUCGCAUUGGCCGGUGGUGGUCGAUCCAGAAUCCGAGGAGAGCGCGCUCUUUUCAGUGGCGCAACAUGGGGGUAGUCUAGAGGAGCUUCUGAGGAAAGCGUUAGCGUGCAGUGCGCAUUCCCGGUUACUCGAGUUAGAGGAGAUUGUCAACAAGGAGCCGUUGGUGAGGUGUAAGCGGAGUUUCCGAGAAGGGGGGGUGGCAUUCGGGAGUCUGGACGAGGGGAGGGCGGAGGAAGAGGAAAACCAGGAGGGGGCGGAGAAACUGUGGGUUCAAGUGUAUGGGAGCGUCGGAGCUGGAGUGGAGGUGAACCGAAGGAGCGGUCGGUUUGUGCUGCGACAACCGGUGGGUCUGGUUCCGGAUUCCCUGCUGAGGCAACUAGAGGAGCGGCUGAACAGCGGCGGGGAUGCGCCGGGGUCCCUGUUUCUGGAGCUGCGGAAGGCGGCGCUGUUGCGCCUGUUUCGGAGCAUGGCCGUGGAGAUGGAACUAGAGCCGUACGCCCACGGAGUGGCCGCUCUCGACACCCCUGAAGACGGCCCGUCGCUUCCGCCCGACACUCUUCUCUGCUCGUUUCCCGGCGUCCUGGAAGGUUUCUCUUUCUUCCUGGCAAUCAGCUUCGACGAUUUCUGCAUCCCCUUCUUUACUCUCCUCGCUUCAGACGAGAGGGACGAUGACUCAGCGAGCGACAGGUCUGAACCAGGGGUUAGUGGGCCAAUCAGCGGGCUGGUUAAAGGGCCCGUUAGUGGGGCGCUCAGUGGGGCGCUCAGUGCGGCCGUCAGCGGAGGAGUCAGUGCGUCACUUACCGACCGGAUCGCGGGUGCUGUGGGCGCAGGGUCGGGGAUGGGUUUGGCGGCGGUUAGCAGGGCGGUUAGGCGGUCGUUUGCAGUCCGACCACAGGUUACUAAGUGGAUGGAACUGGGGGUUGGGGAGAAGGUUAUUGAUGACGGCGAUUCAGAGGCCUUGUUGCUGGGAUGGGGGUCUGAGAGUGAACGGGCGGCGAUGGUUGAAGAAGAGGAGAAGCUCAGAAAACGGGUCGAGUUGGAGCGGGCAGAAGCGGAAACGCAGGUUCAGACAGGGUUAACCUCGGUUAGUUUGGGGGCAGGCUGGAAGGAACAGAGCACGGGGAGUCUGCUCGGGGCAAAGAGUAAGGAACGGUCGGAAGACCCUCUCGGGCUGCUGAAAGAGUGGCCAGAUUCUGUGGAUCUGGAUACGGAUUGGACCGAGGCGCCGGAAGCGCUGGGGGGCUCGGGCGCUCCACCACUGUCGACCACCUUGGGGGGUUCCGUUCCCCACGAAGAGAAGCCCCCCGAAAGCGCGGGCGCAAGCACGGAAGCCGCGUCUGGGGCAAAUGCGUCUGGUGUGAACACGGCCAGUGUGAGCGCCCCUACCGUGAAAGCUUCUGGGGGGCCGAGGUUUGAGCGGUCCUUGACGAUGGACAUGGUCGAGGGUUUGCUCGACAUGCUCGGGGAUGAGGAGGAGGAAACGAAGACGGAGACUGCUAACCUGACGGGGGUUAGCGAUAACCUGCCCGGGGCUAGUGCUGACUUGGCAGAGGGUGCUGAGGGUUUGGAGGUUUGGGAGGGAACAACCGGGGGUGAAGAAACAGAGGCGGUUGGGAACGGGGACGGGGGGACUGAAUCGGUGGCGGAAGGGGGGCUGAAGCGGCCAAGAGAGAGCAGCAUGGAUAUUGAUAUUGAAGCGGCGUUUAGGGGCUUUGGGGGGACUGACGAAUCAAACGGUUUAGCGGGUCAAGAGGGGAGGGCAGAGGGGAACGACAACGGGAGCGAAGAGCCGUCGGCGAAGAGGCAGAAAGUUGGUCCGGAGCCGAGUCAAGCGACGGGUUUGGAAGCGGGUCAAGCACUAACCGGGGUCCAAAUGAACGGCGAGACCGCUCCGGAAGCGUCAGAUGAGAAGAUGGAAGAGGCAGGUUCACUUGCGGAAGCGUCUCUUGAUGCGGCGGGGGCCCUCGAGGAUUCGAUCCUCGACUUCGAUCCUGCAACUGCUCCAAAAGCGGAACCCUUGGAAGGAGACGCGGAAAUAGACACGGAGAUGCACGCAAGCCCCAGACAUCCAACAACAGUUGAUCACGUGCCUGAGGCCCUUGCGCACGUGUCUGAGUCUCCAAAAGUAGAGGACAGGUGUCGGCUCGCGGUUGGGCGGCGGUUCUCCUCCCUCUUGGCAGCGGCCAAUCAGGGACGGGCGCCCCCGGAAGUGUACCGCGCCGCGCUCUACCGGGCUCUCGCGCACUGCUCGCUCUGCAUCAAGCAUGACGUCAUCACCCGGCAGCUGACGUCAGCAGGGGUCGCCUACGCCGAAGAAGUGGGCCUUCGGCGGCCGUCUUUCGAUCUGCGGGCGAAGGUUCCGGGGCUUGAUGGGGGGGAUGACGUGGCGCCGUCGUGGCCGCCGGUCAAGGUGCUCUUGGGGGGCCCCGGGGUGCCAGGUGUCACCAUACGAGUGGAGGACGGGUACUUGGGAGCAUUGGCGGGUCUGGAAAGAAGAUCAAAGGCGGGGAGCGCUUUGCGGGAUGGGAGUGGGGUUGAAGACGCGUCUAUUGAUGAGGAGAAGCAGAACAAGGUUGAUGAGGUUACCGAAGGGGGGGCUCGGGAAGGGGACAAGGAAACCGCUGACGCCCCCCCGAACCGAGACUGGCUCUCCCGUGGAGACAUUCACUUCCUGGAGAGCGCCCCGGAAGAUGCCCACAUCCAGAGUGAUGCGAAAGGGUUUGAAAUCCGGGUCAAGCGGAUAACCCCGAGUUUUGCUACGGACCUCGUUCGGGACCUCAAGAGGGUCUGGCUCGCCAGGGCGUUUGUGCUGCACCUAGCAGAAGCUUUAGGGGUCCUCUCUGGAGUGCAUGCGGGCAGCGACGAGCUGGAAGUGCUGGCGGGGAAGCGGGGGGUCUCGGACUCCUGGGGCGAGGUUACGAUAACCGGGGUGGGGUUAACCGACGUGGAGGUCCGGUUUGAGAACUUUCGGACGAUCCUGAUGUCCGUCACGUGGCCACGGACGUCCGGAGGAGCCAAGGUGUCGUUGCUGCCGCAAGCGCUGGAGACACUGGAGCAUCAACUGGAGGAGUUCGUGAACGAAGGCGAAGUCGCGCUCCUGUUGGAUGCCGUCAGCGUCACUGCGGUGCCGCAGGGGCUGCUGGCCGAGUCGCUGCCGUGCACGAAACUCAUGCGCCGCGCCAUGUACUCCCCAACGGAGGUCGAACUCAAGCUCUGGAGCCCAUACCGGGCCCGCUUCACGUUCCGCAACUGCUUCACGCUCGAGAUGCGCUGCUUCGCGGGGGCGCACGUUUGGCUGCAACCCGUCCCCCCCGCCGACCCGUCUUCUUCCCGGGGGUAUGCCCAAAUCCCCGGCUUCCAAUGGUGCGUCAACGAAGAACUAGCUGCGGCGCGCACGUGUCUUGAGGGGGGAACGACUCCAGACAAGGGAGGACCCCCGGAGAGGGGGGGUGCCGGAGACAAGGGAACUGCCGCGGGGGGGCAAGGCUCAGGGGAGACGGAGGUGGGGGAGAGUUUGGGGGUGUCGGAGCCCCCCCCCGAGAAGUUGGCGCGGUUCCGGAGCUUCGGACGGGCGAGCGGAUCGGGGGGGUUGCAGAGCUUCCCCAGCUUUGGCCGGCAGGGGAGCUCGGGACGGGGGGACAGCGAAACGCUGAUCAGCCCCGGUUCCGUCUCAAGCGGCGCCCUCAAACUCCCCCCGCCCGGCAGCACUUUCCCUGGGGGCCGCCCACGGUUAACCGACACCGGGGGUUACGCCGGAAUGUGGGUUCCGUGGUACGCCAUCCCCCAGGUUUGCCGCGGGUUAUGGCCUAACCUCGCGGUUCACUGGGCGGUCAUCACGUUCGUGGAGUGCGUGCAAACGACGCGAGAGCUGCUGACGAGGGACAACGAGUGGCAGGUCCUGAAGCACGACGCGAGCAGACCGCUGCUGCAGUUGCGCUGCGGGAGCCUCGCCGUCCAGUUGAGCGCUAGCUCGAGCAGCAUCCGGUUCAAGCUCCAAUCAGGCACACAGCAGGAGAGCCCCAUCACAAAAGUGGACGCCGCCGACCUCGACGAAUACUUCCAUGCACGAGUCCUCCGCUCGCCGCACCACCGCGACCGAAUCGCGUCUUUCGUAACCCUGCUAGCGCUCCCGAUCAAGACCCUGCGCGACUUCGUCGGUUUGAUCCGCUGGGAAAAGGUCGAGAUUGUGGUUGAGAGAGACCGAGAGUCGAAGGGCCAGGGGGGGUCGAAUGUGGUCGGGGAGAUCUGCCUGGAGAAGAAGCCGUUGCCUCCCGGGGGGUCUGAGUUCAUGGCGCCGUUCGCCCGGGGGGAUCCCCCGGUCCGAGAGAGGGAUCCCUCCGGGGAGAACGCCGAGGAAUCCCUCCGGCACGUCGAGGGGAACGUCUACUACAACCGGAGGAAGGGCGUGGUGGACUUUGCGCUGGGGUUCGUCUGCCCGGUUAGUCAUAACCGGGCACUCUGGCGGCAGGAGACAGCGCCCGGGGAUUGGGGCGGGGGUUUGGUAGGACCUGAGCGGAGGUUUUUGCUGACGUGGCUACGGUGCUCGGUGCAAGACGAGUCGAUCCAGUUGUUAGACGUGCAAGGGCCGCUUGAACCGACGGCGAAAGAGAGGCUGACUAUGUUGAUCACGACGGCUUUGGAUUUGAAUACUAGAGGAGAGAGCGAAGGGUCCAAGAUGCAGCGAGCCGCGACGGCUAUCCAAGCGACGCUCGUCAGCCAGUAGCUAUACACGAGAAGACAAGAAAUGUACAAUAGCAUUCCAAGCAGGUACAACACUUGUAAUGGAAGUUGAACUGCCAGCCGGGCCAUGCGCAGCUGACUGAGGAUUGAGGGCAGUUUCAGUGGCAGCCGUUUCGUGUCGAUGCAUCGAUUUGCAUGGAAGGGGACGUUCCAGCCUGAGGGGCCGC